AUGGGUACUCUUCUAUCCCUUCGGUUCCUAUUCAUCAUUUUAUGGCCAACGGUGGCAACAUCAACAUUGCCAAUGGCAAAACCCUAUUGCCGUUACAAAUGUGGUGAGAUCCAAGUUCCCUAUCCCUUUGGCUUCGGAGAUAAAGAGUGUUUCAGAGACGAAGGUUUUGGUCUAACCUGUGAUGAAACCCAUUACAACCCUCCAAAACUAUUCUAUCAAAACGCAGAAGUGGUAAACAUUUCAUUACAAGGUCAAGUGCAAUUGAUGAGCAACAUAAGUCAAGAUUGUUACACUUCAUCAGGCUUAAGGACUUACUGGAACAUUGCUUCUCUCCAUUUUACAAAUAGUCCCUUCACCAUCUCCAAUACAAAGAACAUAUUUAUGGUUCUGGGUUGCGAUACCUGGGCAUCAAUCACUGGCUCAAUUGGUAACCACUUUAGUAGUACUGGUUGUAACAUGACUUGUGGAGACAACAAUUAUCCUACAGAAAGUUCUUGUUCCGGCAAUGGUUGUUGCCAAACCUUUAUUCCAAAAGGGUUUCAGAGUUUCGUAAUAGAAAUUGGUAGCUAUUACAACCAUACCAAGGUCUGGAAAUAUAAUCCAUGUGGCUACGCUUUCUUGAUUGAUAUGAACUGGUUCAACUUCUCUGGAUCUAGCAACAAUUCGCAUUCCAGCAAUAAUACCAAUACAAAUGGUAAUUCGGGAGUCCCUAUUAUGUUAGAUUGGGCGAUUGAGCAGAAAAAUGGUUCGUCUUGUAAAGAAGCUGGUAAAGAUAUCACCACUUACGCCUGUGGCAGGAACUCCGACUGCUUUAACUCCACGAACGGUCUUGGGUAUAGCUGCAACUGUUCGGAAGGCUACCAUGGGAACCCUUAUCUUUCAGACGGAUGCCAAGAUAUAAAUGAAUGUGCAUAUCCAAUUAAUCCCUGCAAUUGGACGUGUACCAAUCUGCCUGGGAGUUAUAGUUGCUCUUGCCCACCAGAUUAUUAUGGAGACGGGAGAAAAGAUGGAAGCGGAUGUAUUCCUUCUCCAAAGCCGUAUCCAAUGCUUCAGGUCACCUUAGGUAUUGGCUUAAGCUCCUUGUUUCUACUUUUUGGAAUAUUGUUGAUGGUUUACUUACUUCAAAAGAGAAAGAACAACAAACUCAAGCAAAAAUUCUUCGAACAAAAUGGUGGUUUCUUGUUAAAGCAACAACUAUCUUCCCGUGAAGGACCCAUUGAAGCUGCCAAAAUCUUUACAGCAAAAGAACUAAAGCAAGCAACUAACAACUAUGCUCAGACCCAAAUCCUUGGUCAUGGAGGAAAUGGUACAGUAUACAAAGGAAUUCUACCUGAUCAAAGACUCGUUGCCAUUAAAAAAUCAAAAAGAGUUGAUGAAAGUCAGAUCGAGCAAUUCAUAAAUGAGGUGGUAAUUCUCUCCCAAAUUAACCAUAGAAAUGUGGUAAAGCUAUUGGGUUGUUGCUUAGAGACUGAGGUUCCUAUAUUAGUGUAUGAAUUUGUCACAAACAAAACUUUAUUCCACCACAUCCAUGGUGAGGGAUGCAAUAAUUCUCAAAUUUCUUGGGAUAUUCGUCUAAGGAUAGCUGUAGAAACAUCAGAGGCGAUCGCUUACUUGCAUUCUGCGGCUUCACCACCUAUCAUUCAUAGAGAUAUUAAAUCCUCAAACAUACUCUUGGAUGAUAAUUAUAUGGCAAAAGUGUCAGAUUUCGGUGUAUCAAGGUUGGUUCCUUUAGAUUAUACUCAAAUUAGUACACUAGUGCAAGGAACAUGGGGGUACUUAGACCCAGAGUACUUUCGAUCAAGUCAAUUAACUGAAAAGAGUGAUGUUUACAGCUUUGGCGUAGUACUUGUGGAGCUAUUAACUGGAAAGAAGGCACUUGAUUCUGAUGGGCCUGAUAGAGAUUCAAAUCUAGCUUUGCAUUUUGUUACUAGAUUCGAAGAGGGUAAUGUGUGGGAUAUUAUAGAUGAUCGGAUCAUGAUUGAAGGGUGCAAAAUGAAACUCAAGGAAGUAUUAAAAAUAGCAGAAAGAUGUUUAAGAGUAAGAGGGAAAGAAAGACCAACAAUGAAGGAAGUGGCAAUGGAGCUACAAAGGUUAAGGAUGGAUCAGAGGUACUCAUCGGUUGCACAAAACAUUGAAGAGGUGGAAUGUCAGUUUAUUGAGCCAUCGGACUUGUAUAGUCAUGACACUAUUGGGUAUGAUAGUUUGACUAAUGAUGGUGGGCGAUGA